AUGGCAAGAGUUGGACCAUUGAUAUGGUUUUGGUCUUUAGCUAUAUUACCAUUGACUGCUAUUGUUACAUUCAUUGGGACAUUGGUAAUAUGCUCUCAAGUUCCAAAUAAUGCACCGGCAGGCGAAAAAUUUCCUCAAAUAUCUCAACUUGGUACUGGUCAGGCAUAUCCUUAUUUUGUUGGUGGAUUUAUUAUUUUAUCAGUUCAAUUAUUUAUAAUUCUUCUUGGUCGAAUUCAAUUUCUCUUUCAAACUCAAUAUAUUAUUCAUCGAGGUAUUAUAGGUAUUGUUCACGCUCUGGCCCUUCUUUCCAUUGUUUUUCUUAUUAUUAUGGCUACUGUAAGUAUCGAUGCACGUCCUCCGAUUCAUCUCACUGGUGCAUUUGGAUUGUUUGGACUCAUAUCAUUGUAUUGCUUUCUUCAUACGGUUAUCAUCGUCUAUCUUUUUAUACAUCAAUCAGAUGCUCCACAACAUUCGAAUAUUAUUUUGCCAAUAUGGUUUCUUGUCUGUAGUUUAUUGCUUAUUGCCUUUUUUGUUGUCUGGCUCGUAAUUAAAAAGGGCAUUCCAGAAUAUAUUGCUGCUGCUACACCAUUUCUCUAUAUAGUUGGUUUUGUACCACAGUUUUGGAUGCAAGCAAGAGCGAAAAAACGAGAAUCUGUUUUAUUGUCAACAGUAUCAUUCACGAGCCAACUCAGUGUAUGA